GGUCGUCACAAGGAGAGGAUGGAGCCGAGAAAGAUAUCACAUGUUAUUGCUUUCGUUGUUACAGUAUUGAACAUCCAAGCCGGGACAACCCAGGCCGCGACGACGUCUGCACCAUCCUGUCCCGACCCCCUUGGGGUCCCCAACGCCUACAUCGUGACGUCUUCGCCGUAUACCGAGGGAGACCUGGUGACAUACCGAUGCUAUACCGGGUUCACGAUGACCGGGGCCCCGUCACAGACCUGUGAUUCUACCGGCGCAUGGCAGGGGAACGAACCCACGUGUGCCCCCGUCGACAUGUCGGACACCGUCAACCAAAACGUCAACUACACAGACACGCCGUUCACGAUGCCGGAGUGGGCCAUCAUCCUGGUCUGCGUGGUUGUCGGGGUGAUACUCCUCCUGGUCUGUGCUCUCAUCGCCGCCGCCAUCUGUUCCAUAUGUAAAUGUAGACGAUGCUGUAGCCGUGAAGGUGUGUCGGAGAGAAAGGCCGUAACCCACGUCAGAAACAACUCCAGGGUGGUGACCGUGUCCCCGGCCCCCGAGGUUCUACAUGAGAAGUCUCGGUUUGCCAACAUUGUGCAGGAGGUGAUCGACAACAAAUCGGCUAAAGAAGUGAGGGGCUGGAUGCCACAUUCCCACCCUGUCAGACCCAUCAACACUAGCACCAAGUGAUCAGGG